AUUUCUGAGUUUAUAACCCAAUCCACAAACCCCUAGCCCUACAAAAUGCCGAUGAAGGUGUCGGACGCCACAGUAUCAACCUUUGAUACUGUCUUUCAGAAGUUCAUAUCGGAAGCACCCAAAAACAAAGCCAAUCUCAUUCUCUUCUUGGCCGAUGAAGACCCUUCUACCUCUCUCAGCUGGUGCCCUGAUUGUGUGAGAGCUGAACCAGUGAUCUACAAGAAACUGGAGACCAGUUCAGAUGAUGUUGCACUUUUGAGGGCUUUUGUGGGAGACAGACCAACAUGGAGGAAUCCCCAGCACCCAUGGAGAGUGGACUCCAGGUUUAAGCUCACAGGAGUUCCAACACUAGUCCUUUGGCAAAAUGAUGCAAUUCAGGGUCGACUUGAAGACCACGAAGCUCACAUUGAAAACAAAAUUGAUGCCCUUGUUUACGGGAGUCGACUUGAAGACCACGAAGCACACAUUGAAAACAAAAUCGAUGCCCUUGUUUCCGGCAGUCAACUUGAAGACCACGAAGCACACAUUGAAAACAAAAUGGAUGCCCCGGUUUCCGGGAAUUGAAGUGUUUACAGCUUCUCGUGUGUGGCUUGCAUUUUGCUUUUUCUGACUCUGUCCUUUCUUUUCAAACUAAUACUGUUUUAGCUUGGCAGCCAAUUAAAAUAAAAGAAAUUUGAUGCAAGUCAA